GCUCUCCCUCCCACUUUCCUCAUGUCUGAUACCGCAAUCUCUUUCGCAUUCUCUCUCUCUCUCUCUCCACCGUCCACUCCCUUCAGCCAUCUUGUACUCUCUCUAUCUCUCUAUAAAAGCAAACGCAACUAGCCAUAAACUGUUCCCACUCUCUCCUCAACACCUUUCUUUUUCCUUUCCACCCAUGGCUGACCCCUACUCCAAUUUCUUCUCUUCCUCUUCACCCUUGUUCCGUUUCAACCACAACCAAUAUUUCCCUUCUUCAAACCCUUCUCCACAACACCACAACCACAACUUCAUCAACCACACAAAAACCAACGACACCACCACCACCACCGCCUUUUUCCACUACCACCAACACCAAACUACUACUGCUUUUUCUUCUUUUCCACCCUCACCUCCUUUGAGAGAAGAACUACCCCUCUUGAAGCUGAGUCCAACAAAGCAAGAUGAGGAGGAAGUAGAGGACUUGGUGUCUAAUUGCACUGGUGGAGCCAUGGACGUGGAAGAGAGGAUCCACCUUAAAGAGGAAUUAGAAGAUGAUGAAGAUGGAAGUACUAGUGUCACUGUUGCACUCCACAUAGGGUUGCCAAGCCCUAGUGCUGCUGAGAUGGCUUCUGUCCUCUCUUCUUCCUCUCAUGAGAUCACUGACAAAGACCAACAUGGAGAUCAUGGUGCUGCUGAGGAUUCUUCUUCUGCUGGCUUCAGACUCAACAAGGGCCAGUACUGGAUCCCUACCCCUUCCCAGAUUCUCAUUGGCCCUACCCAGUUCUCUUGCCCUGUUUGCUGCAAAACUUUCAACAGAUACAACAACAUGCAGAUGCACAUGUGGGGGCAUGGAUCACAGUACAGAAAAGGACCUGAAUCUCUGAGGGGAACCCAACCAACAGGAAUGUUGAGGCUUCCUUGCUAUUGUUGUGCCCCAGGGUGCAGAAACAACAUUGACCACCCAAGAGCGAAGCCUCUCAAAGACUUUAGAACACUCCAAACGCAUUACAAGAGGAAGCAUGGGAUCAAGCCCUUCAUGUGCAGGAAAUGUGGCAAGGCUUUUGCUGUGAGGGGAGAUUGGAGAACUCAUGAGAAGAACUGUGGCAAGCUUUGGUACUGUAUUUGUGGCUCCGAUUUCAAGCACAAGAGGUCCCUUAAAGACCAUAUUAAAGCAUUCGGGAGUGGCCAUGCAGCUUAUGGCAUCGAUGGAUUCGAAGAAGAAGAUGAGCCUGCAUCUGAAGUAGAGCAAGAUAAUGAUGAUUCCACCCAGUGAUUAAUGAGAAUUAAUGCAUGGGUUAAUAUAUGUGAAUUAUCCUAGUUAUUUUGUGAAAUGAUUGGGGAUGAAUAUAUAUAAAGCUUAAUUUGGCUUCCUAGCUAUUUCAGCACUAUAUAUAAGCACCAAGUUUAAAUGGAAAGCCAAUCUUUUUUUUUUUUAAAAAAAUUAUCUUUCUUCUGUUGGCAAUGUUAGCUAGGACUAGGAGAGACUGGAUACUGAACACAUAGCUGGUAAAGCUAGAUAUAUAUAUCCAACUUCUUUGAAUUUGUUCUCGUGUAUAAGACAUCUUUCUCUUCUCUUGGUAAUUAAGAUGCUUAGUAAUAUUCUUAUUUGA